AUUCCGGGACCCCCCCCUAACACCCGCUAACCCUCUGAAACCCUGGACCCCCCCCAAAACUCCCCGGUCAGUGUCCGGCUCGGCCAAUGGGCGCCAGGACCUGGCGGUGCCGCUCUCGGCCACGCCCCCGGCCACGCCCCCAUCAAACACUGCCUGGACACGCCCAUUCCCUACAAACCACGCCCAUUCCCUACAAACCACGCCCAUUCCCCACAAACCACGCCCCUUUCCCGCCCAGGCCACGCCCAGGCCACGCCGCUUUUUCGCACCUGUGGGGGCGGGGCCACAGCGGGUUCGGCAGCCGCGGGACUCCCGGGAUCCGCUGGGACUCCCCCCGACCCCCGAUGGAGACCCUCAGGCGCUGCUUCCGUGCACGGCCCCCCGGGGGGGGUCCCGUGUCCUAUUCCCGGCACAGGGACCCCCGGGGGGAGAACGAGGAGGAGGAGGAGGCGGAGCCAACGGUGCAGCUGCCCCGCCCCCGGCCCCGCCCCAGGCCCCGCCCCAGGCGCAAGCCACGCCCCCAGCCACGCCUCUGGCUCCACCCCUUGGCCACUCUGGCCCUGGGUUCAGCCACCGCCUUCCUGCUGGGGCUGUUGGUGGCUGGGAUUGGCCACGCCCCGUGUGGGGGCGGGGCUGCAGGGGCGGGGCCUCUGGCUGGAGGCUCCACCCCCGAUGGUGUUUGGGGCGGGGCCAGCGCAGAGGCUCCGCCCCCCCGGCCCCGCCUGCGGGAGCUGCUGCGGCGCCACCUGGUGGAGGAGCGGGUGGAGGCCUGGGUACGGGAGGUCAGCGCGGGGCCGCACGGGGCGGGUUCGGGGCGUGGCCGGGCUUUGGCCCAAUCGGUGCUGAGCGCCCUGGCGGAGGCGGGGCUGACCCAGGCCUGGAGCCGUCCGCAGCCCCUCCCCCUCCCGAUAAGGGGCGAGGUGACCCUGCGCUGGGUGGGGCCGGAGGGGGAUGAGCUCGAGCGGCUCCCCCUUGACCCCGACGCUUUCUGCGCCUGGAGCGCCCCCGGCAACGCCACGGGGGGGCUGGUUUACGGCCACUAUGGCCGCCCCCAGGACCUGGCUCAGCUGCGGGCCCGGGGGGUCUCAGCCAGGGGUCACCUGAUGCUGCUGCGGCUGGGGAGGGGCAGCCCUGCCCAGAAGGUGGCGGCCGCAGCGGGGGCAGGGGCCGUGGGGGUCCUGCUGUACCCGGACCCCCAGGACACGGCCGGACCUGGGGGGGGUCCUGGGCUGGGGGGGGACACGGCUGUGACCGUCCACGUGCAGGAGGGGCCGGGGGACCCCUUCAGCCGGGGGUUCCCCUCCUUCAGCGGCCGCGUUCCCCCCGGGACCCCCCCGGGGUCGCCCCCGAUCCCCGUCCACCCCCGUGAGCGCCGGCACGGCCGCGCGGCUGCUGCGGUACAGGAGACUCCUCCUCAGAUCUGGGACCCGCAAAUCUGGGACCCCUCCCCAAAAUCUGGGACCCCCCUCGAACCUGAAACCUCCCCCAGAUCCCCCCCGACCCAUCUCCCCCAUCAUUUCAGCGUUUUGGGGUUCCCAACCCCCCCAGCCCAUCUCCCCCUCCCCAUUUCAGGGUCCUGGGGGGUCCCCGAGCCCCCCCGCACUGGAUCCCGCCCGGGCGGGGCCUGGGGGGGGUCCCUGCGGUUCCUGCCCGGCCCGGGGGAGCGGCGGCUGCAGCUGAGCGUGGGCGGGGGGACGCAGCCCGGGACCCUCACCAGCGUCUUCGGGGCCCUGCGGGGGCGGCUCGAGCCCGACUGUUACGUCAUCGUGGGGGCGCGCCGCGAUUCGCUGGGGCCGGGGGCGGCGGCCUCGGGCGUGGGCACCGCCCUCCUGCUGGAGCUCGCCUGGUUCUUCGCCGCCAUUGGCCGAGAGGGGUUCCAGCUCCGCCGGACACUGCUCUUCGUCAGCUGGGAUGGUGGCGAGUUUGGACAUUUGGGGGCAACCGAGUGGCUCGAGGGCUACCCCGACCUCCUUCACACCAAAGUCGCCGCCUACAUCAGCCUGGACCAGGCAGUGCUGGGGGCCGAGCGGUUCGUGGUCAGGACCAGCCCCACCCUGGUCAAUCUCAUCGAGAGCGCCCUGGAGCAGGUGGAGAGCCCGAACGAGGCCGGGAAAAGCCUCCUGGAGCAGCUGACGCGGCCGGGCCGGGUCUGGGAGAGCGACGUGGUCCGCCCCUUGUCUCCUGACUGCGGCGCUUUUCCCUUCACGGCCGCCGCGGGGGUCCCGGCGCUGGAGCUCGGCUUCGAUGAGGCCGUGCCCGGUGGCUCCCGUGCGGCGCUGGGGACCCGCGAGGACACCCUGGGGCGCCUGGGGGGGCGGCUGCGGGGGCGGCUGCCCGCCGUGGCCCGGGCAGUGGCCGCGGUGGCCGCCCAGCUCCUGCUGCGCCUGGGCCACGACCCCCGGCUGCCCCUGGACCCUGGUGCGCUCGGGGAUGAGCUGGUCCGGCAGCUGGCCCCGCUCCAGGCGCGGGGCCUGUCCCUGCAGUGCCUGUCCUCGGCCAGGGGGGGCGUGGUGCGCGCGGCGGCCUCGCUCCGUCGCGACAUGUCGGGAUCCGACAGCUCCAACGAGCGCCUCAACCGCGGCUUCAAUGCGCGGCUCAUGGCCGCCGAGGCGUCGCUGCUGUCCCCGUUCGUGUCCCCGCUGGUCACCCCGUUCCGCCAUGUCCUGCUGGGCCGGGGGGGUCACACGCUGCCCGCGCUGGUGGCCGAGCUGGGGACAGCGGGGACACGCAGGGACAGUGCCCGCCUGCGCCUGGCACUGCUGGCCUGGACCCUGCGCGGCACGGCCGGAGCGCUGGCCGGGGACAGCUGGGACUGCGGGGACCUUGGGGACAGGGGCGGCCUCGGGGACAACGGGGACUGCGGGGACAUGGGGGGGAGUGGGGACAUCGGGGACCACGGGGGCCCAUAA